AUGGUGACCACGGCGCCGCGUCGAGAUUCGGCUCUUGAGGACACUGAGCUUGCGCCACCACCUCCAGCACCAACUCAACCCCAAAUACGAAUGGGAUUUAGUGUACCCUUGGCAGGAGCCGGCCUAGGAGCCGGAGUAUAUCAUGGGCCUGUCACGGUGAAUGGCGGCCAGCCGGCCUGGAUGUGGAUUCCUGCUCCCGCUCCGCCUGCCGCUCCACUUCCUGCACAUUCAGCUUACAAUGGGCCGGGAACGUUGGUCGCAAACGGAGUGAUACCAUCCGAUGGAGCGGUAUCGACGGGUGGUGAUAAGCCCGGAUGGAAUGCUGCUGGGCCUACCGGGACAGAUGAGAAGGAUGGAUGUGGACACAAGCCGCCCAAAAAAGACGAGAACUGUGUAAAUCCGUUGAGGGAAGAAGAAGAUGAUAAAAACCCAUCCAAGGAAGACGAAGAAUCGCCAAAGAAAUGA